GCCCUGAACCGAUGGGCUCGGCCGUCUGGGUCCUGCUGGCCCUGCUGGCGCCCGGCCCGCUGCGGGGUUCCCCCCCGCGGCUGGAGGUGCGGGGGGCCGGGGAUCAGAUCCUGCUGCCCUGUGGGGCUCCGGGCCCCCGGCUGCGCUGGGUCUGGGCCCCCCGAUACCCCAAAUGUGCUGGCGACCCCGGAAACCUCGAAAUCGCCCGACUGCCCCCCGGGCCGGAGCCCCCCCAGUUCAGGGGGCGCCUGGACCCCCACCCCUCGGCCCCGGGGGCCCUGCUGCUCCGGGACCUGGUCAUGAGCGACUCGGGGACCUUCACCUGCCACGGGGAGUCUGGGCCCGAGCCCCCCGUCCGGCUGGAGGUGACAGGAGGCUGUCGGAACAACCUCACCAUCUCCUCCAACCGGACGUCCCCCUCGGCCCUGACCCUCCGCUGCCGCCGCUGCCCCCUGCUGCCCGGCCCGGCCUCCUUCCGCUGGGUCCUCAACGCCCAGCCCCUGGGCAACCCGCGCUGGGCUACCAAGAGAGAGUACGGGGCUACCGUGCGGCUGGACCCAUCUCCGCGGGCGGCCUGGGGGCGCUGGGAAUGUCGCCUCCGCGGGGCCGCCCCUGGGGGCUUUGAGUUCUGCGUGGAGCCCCCCCCCAGGGCAGGGGGUGCAGGUACAAUUGUGCCCCCCACCCUGCCCCACGGUGCCCCCUGCUGCCCUGAUCCUGCCUCUGUUCCAGGCCCCGGCUCUGAGUGGGGGAUCUGGGUCGCGGCGCCGGCGCCGGCUCUGGGUCUGAUCGGGGCAGGGCUGGGCACCUGGUGCCUGUGGAGACGGAGGCGGGGCAGGAACCGACGGAAUCGAAACAAACGAGAGAACGAAACGGGAGCCCCCGGGCCCCGUUUAUCCCCCUCGGAGGAGCCGCGGCUUGGAGCCAAAUCGACCGAAAGACGCCUCGUGCCCCAGAGUCGGGAAAGAAAAGUGAGAGAGUGAGGUCCCAGGCCCCCUGCUUUACGCUGAAGUCCAGCACCCCCUGGUGCCUCGAGCCCCACCCCCUCCCCCACACGGCACCACGGUCUAUGCCACUAUUGUGUGACCCCCACCUGAGCUGGCUCCGCUCCCCCCUCCUGAGUUGUGUUCACCCCCCAGCUCCGCUCCCAGGUGAUGGGAAAUUCAGCUGGAAGAUGCUAGAAAUCCCUGUUAAAAUCCUGUGGUGGGGAGUUCCCCAGGUUAACGGAUUGUGGCAUUAAAA